AUGGUUUAUUGGAUAGGAAUUUGCUUACCAGGAUUCUAUGGCAAUAAGUGUGAUGAUAUGUGCUCCAGUUGUGUCGGAUCUGUCUGUAAUCAGAAUGGACAGUGUACACAUGGUUGUAAUACAGGUCUUUACGACUCUUUCUGUGACAAACAAUGUCCUAUGAAUUGUUUGAUUUGUCACCCAUUGAAAGGUUAUUGCAUCGUUUCAAACUCAACAAGCAGUAGUGAACACUAUUCUUUGAAUAAAUCGACUACAGCAUGUUCAUCUAAUAAAUUUGGUAUACAUUGUGAACAGUACUGUGGCAUAGGUUGCAAGAAAACAGUACAAGGUCUAAGUAUCUGUGACAAAUACACUGGGUUUUGUGAGCAGUGUUUACAAGGUUUUCAUGGCAUCACGUGUAGAAACCAAUGUAAUACUACAUGUUUUGAUGAAGACUGUGACCGAGAUGGAUUCUGUGUAAAGGGUUGUGUAUAUCGCUGGCAAGGCAACUAUUGUCAGAAUCAUUUCCCUAUUACUGUAUUCGAGGAAGUCAGUGGAAUAUUGUUCGGUGUGAUGUGUGUUCUAGUCUUUUUCGUUGGCGUUUUAUGUGUUACGCACAAAAAGCGGGAAGAACUCAGAAAAUACAGAAAAGAAAAAUCGUUGUUACUGAACAGCAAUGACAAAAUUACAUAUGUUUGAAUGUUAAGAGAUUGGCAAAGCAAAGGCACACGAUAGAUGCUUUG